GGCUCGGUCAAAAGAUUUCCCCAUCCGCCGAUGAGCCUGGUUGGCGCCCAGCCGGUAGCGUGUUUACUUCGAUCCAACCCUCCUUCCUCCUCCUUUAUCCAGUCAAUGCGCCCUUCGAGCAUGAUAUAAAUUUGCGGAAAUGGCAGACCAGAAUUCUUUGGUCGUCAAGCUGCCUUACACAUCCUCAUCAACAUCUGCUAUCAACAGAAAAAACCAAGCCGCGAUCUCCAGGGCUCCACCAGCAACAGCAUCCGCAUCAUCAUCGCAGGAGGCCGCACCUGCCAAGAUCGCAACUCAUUUCUCCCAAAGCCAGUUAGCACUUGCUCUUGCCAUCCAAAAGGCGAAGCCGGAAGCACUUUCCACACAUGAGUAUUGCCAACAACUACGCAAAUGCAUAAAGACUGGAAGACCUGUUUCGAUUGAUGGAUUGCGCUUCGUUGAUACUUGUGAUUUCUGGAAGGAGCAAUAUACCAAGAUUCAUCUUGAGAACAAAGCACUGCAAGACAAGGUUCAUAGGCUGGAACAGGCUGGGCUAAAGCUUCCCGAAACUCCACACGGCCAGUACACUCAUCAUAUGCUGCAUAUUUCGAGCGGUCAAUUCCUUCCAGAGCCUGGAGACGUCGGUCGUAUGGACACUGAAGGGUCGAGGAAGCGGUGUGCUCCAGUUGCGGAGGACAGAGAAGAAUAUCAGGAGCAACGUUACAUGGAUUUCUCGUCUUCAGAAGAUAUUUGCAUUAGCAUGAGUAACUUUGUUCUCCGCAUCGGACGCCAACGCAGCAAUAUGGAAAGGGCCGCCCAAGACUCCUCCACCUUGGGUGAUGUCAAUAUUCUUGCCAGAAACAUCUUCCAGACUUUAGCUCUUCUCGAAACCACUCUGUUCAGUACCUGUCUACCCUUGAAGCUGCUGAGAACCGAUAGUGAAGAUCAUCGAACAUCAUUAUUGAUUCAGCAUAUGAUGCAUCAAGUCAAAACUUCGUUCCUCUCUUGCUUCAAAGCUAUGAACGAGCUGUGCGUUACGAUUCCCGGAAGAGCGAGGAUGCCAGAAACUGUCUAUCGAAUGGUCAUGUUUUACAAGAAAGCGUUGGGUCUCCUUCAUAGCCUGGCAAACGCGCAGGCGGAGUUUGAAACUGUUCAAGAGCGCCAAAGACCAAGAAACAAGCGUAGCAGGAUGGAAGAGCGAGAAUACAUUGCGACAAAGUCUUUGGCGAACUCCCUCACUUCUAUUGCCUUAGGUAUUGAGUGGAUAUUCGGACAACCUGGGCAUGCCGAUUUACUGGAAGGAAUUCUCUUUUGCGUUCUGGAACAAACUGGACGUCUGGUCUCGGAGGUCAUAUUUGCUGAGCACGUCGCUACAUCAGAUAAUCCCGGAAAUAUCUCAAAAGUCGAUGAUCAAAUACCCUGUGGAAAUAUCCAUCAUGACUCUCGGUACAUGGUCCAGAUCCUGCAGGCUGCGGUGGGAGGGUCGAAAAGGAGGGAACUGAUUGCCCAGGUGCUGGCUGCAGGAAAUUCCAAUUCAAGUAUGAAAACACCUCCCGUUAGUUCCACUCUGUCAUUAGCCCUUUCUAGCGACUUGCUUUCCAAAGCCAAGAAGCUGUUGCAGAGUACAUUGGUGAAUUGUGCUGUAGGAGGACCCGGUUUGGAGAGUUUGAGAUUACCCACGCCACCGAUAGAGGAGGUAGACGUACAAUUUGAGGUGGAUGAUCAAGCAGAGAAGUAUGGAUCGGAAUGGCUGGUACAAUCUGUAUGGGGCAUAAUUGGCUGGGAUAUGAUUGCUUAAAAUGGGGUGUCUCUUUGCAUAUUUCGCAAAGGACGAGAGAGAAUUGCUUCGAUUUAGCUUAAAGCAGAAAUUUUAGACAGUUAACUAUAACUUGUCUGAGAUUCAUCAUUUUGU